UUGUAUGUUUUUCUGUGGUUGUCUUGCUGCAGUUUUGUAUUUCCCACUGUUGUGCCCUUUAUGAGUUUUCUGUGAACGUUCAGUAUUAAAGUGAAUGUGUACCUAUUCCACUACUACUAGGAGCUGCAUGCAGAUUUGAGGGUAACUGUAGCUUUAAAUUCUCUGAGCUGCAAAUAAUAAUUGGCUCAGGGUUGUAUUUGCAUUAUAGUGAUGCCUCCCCCAAAACAGAGUUGUGGUGAUCCUUCGAAUAAUUACGCAUGCAUUAUGGGGUUUCUCCGUUUACACAGCUGGAUUAUAGUCUCUGCUAUGGGGGUGGGAAAAAAGUGGGGAUAUUAGGCAUGUAUUUUAUUAUUUUCUAACCUCCAGCCCUAUAGUAUAAGUGUAAAAUCACCAUGUCGCCAUGGCAGGUACCCUGGUUAUUAUCCUGUGCAGCAUCACCCCAUUAGAAAAAAAGCCUUUGUAGCAUUAUUUAGAUAAAGGCUGAAAUUCCACCUGGGGUAAGACGAUCCCCCUGGCAUCAGUACUGGGCCUUUACUCUGUGCUUGGUGAUGUGAAUGAGCUGGGCAGGCUCAGGCACAGGGAAAGGGAAGGCACAAUGGGAUGGAAGAAUUUCAGGAAUCUGCGGGUGGAGAGAAUGAAUUACGUUGGACAGCUGGCUGGCUCUGUGCUGGGUCGGGUACGGGAGCUGUAUAGUGGUGUCAAUCCAGCCACACUUUCUGGCGCUAUUGAUGUGGUGGUCGUCAGGCAGCAAGAUGGCUCUUUCCGUUCCUCACCUUUUCAUGUGCGUUUUGGGAAGCUUGGAGUACUGCACUCUGCAGAGAUUGGGGUUGAUAUUGAGGUGAAUGGGGAGCCUGUGGAUCUUCAGAUGAGACUUGGAGAGAAUGGAGAAGGCUUCUUUGUCCAAGAGGUGGAUAGAAGUGAGAGCACAGAAGCCCCCUCUGUUUCCAUCACCAUACCAACAGUGCAUCAGCCCUCAACGCUGCUUCCAGAAAGGAAUGAAUCGUCACUGGCCCCCAUAACCCCCAAGUCCAUGCACACAACACCUGUUUGUGACACCCCCACGAGGAGGCAGCACUGGGUAAAAAGUAGGAUGAGAAGGAAACAGGAUGAAGCAGCAGGAGAAGUUGAUGAUGUUGGCGAGUCCACACUUCCAGCUUGUGAUUCCAUAUAUUUCUCCUUUGUGGAUAUGCCAGAAGACAUCUCUCAUGAGCCAUGUGAGGGUUCCUUCCCAGAUUCUGAAGAAGAGCACAGGAGCAGCCGUUCGCCGUCUCCAAAAAGUGAUUCUGAGCUGGAAAUGAGACCCAUUCAUUCUUCCACUUCUGAGCAGUGCAUGGAGUGGGACUGGGGAAGACUGCCACAGGUCAGCUGGUCUGAUUUGGGACACCAGAAAACCCAGUCUGCUCCUCCAAGUCCCACCAGCAGAGUGGCCCCUCAACUCCCUGGCAUUGAACUAGGCAACAACAUCACCUCUCCCAUAGUGGAGCUGAUAAGAGAAGGAGCACCUCAUUUCAGUAGCCAGAGUGACAUCUUAGGGCUAGAGAACCAUAAAGAGGACCUCUCCAAUGGGCCUCCAAUGCUGGCUCCAGAUGAUGUCUUAUCUCCAGCUUCCCAGGAAGUCUCUCUCUACUUCCCAAACAGUGAUCCAUACCCAUUGCCACCACCUGUUCAAAAUAAUGAAAACAACGAUAAACACAUUAAUGAGGACCCAGAAGAACUAGGGGAGCCCCAGGAGGACUGUGUAGCUCUCUCACUAUGUGGAGGUCUGGCACAAAGCUGGGACAUUCCAGAGGACUGGUUCUUGAAGCAUCAAAUCUCCUACUCUGAAUUCUGCCAAAAUCCCUCAAUCAUGGAAGAUCCCAGGCUGGUGCUGCGGAUACACAACAAAUACUAUAACUGGGCGACCGCGGCCCCUAUUAUUUUGUGUAUGCAGGUGUUUAACCGAGAGCUGCCACAGGAGGUAAUUAAUCAGGUCACACAGCAGAAGAUGCCCAGAAAUCGAAGCUGGUGGUUUUCCUGGCGCAGACGCAACAUUGGUCCGCCAGUCUCCAAACCUCCAGAAUGUGGGGAGCAGAAGGUGGAGUCCAGCUCCAAUCGAUUAAAGGAGGAUGAUGAAGCCAGAGAGGCUCCAGCACAACCUUUAACAUAUCAGAGGUCCUUGCGCUUGACGUCUGAGCAAAUAAAACGUUUAAAUCUACACAAUGGAGCCAAUGACGUAGUGUUCAGUGUCUGCACAAAGUUCCAAGGGACGUGCCGUAGUCGAGCGCAGAUCUACCUGUGGGAUAGUGAAGACCGGAUCAUUGUCAGUGACAUUGACGGUACAGUGACAAGGUCAGAUGCUCUUGGUCACAUAUUGCCACAGUUUGGAAAGGACUGGACACAGCCAGGAAUUGUUCAGCUAUACCAUGCCAUCCACACGAAUGGCUAUAACUUCCUGUACUGUUCUGCACGCUCGGUGGGUCUGGCAGAGCUCACAAAGGGUUAUCUCCGUGGGGUGAGUGAGAGGGGCUGCACUCUACCCCCAGGACCACUACUGCUUUCCCCCAGCAGUCUCUUCACUGCCCUGCACAGGGAAGUUAUAGAAAAAGCCCCUGAGCGCUUCAAGAUUUCGUGCCUCUCGGAUAUCUGCCAGCUCUUCCCGGAGCCCCAGCCAUUUCACGCUGCUUUUGGGAACAGACCCAAUGACGUCUUGGCCUAUAAGGAGGUGGGAGUUCCGGAAUCUCGAAUCUUUACUGUGAACACAAAGGGAGAAUUAACUCAAGAUCUGAAUCCCAGUUUUAAAUCCUCGUACUCUGCAUUAAGUGAAUUGGUCAAUGUCAUGUUUCCUCCAACCACGUGCUGUUCUGUUUCUGCGCUGCUUUCCCCAGAGUUCAGCCACUUUUCCUUCUGGAGGGAUCCACUGCCCAGUCUCAGCGAGGAGGAAUUUACACAGGUUUCCUAGCACUGAGAGAUCUGCCACCUGCUGAUACACCUGUUGUUUUACAUAAGGACAUGUAACUCCUCAUUUAUAUAAACAGACUUUCCUAUCAAUGUGCAGCAUGGCACCUCCAUUGGACAUUGUAGGGUUCUGCAGGCAGGGCCAAGAUGGUGCCAUUUGAAUGCACAGUUCUGCUUGAGGUCUUGUGGAACCUAGUAACAUUACUGCCUCCUGUUCUGCAGAAAGCAGAGCUGCUCCUGGCUUCCUGUGUCUUCCCUCUGUGCCCCUCGUGCUUGUGUUGAGAUGCGGUCAGGGGUAAACAGUUAUUGUGAUUUUGCACUAUAAAUACAUAUCUGCUUUA